GAUGGUGCUGAUGACAGUGACAUUGGUGGAUGGAGUCAGCAGAGCAAUAGUGAACAAACUGAUAAGCAGCAGGUUUCUAUUAUGGAGGAUGAAGAUUCUUACAGGUUUACCUUAGAAGAAGAAAAAGAGGAGAGACCAAAAGUUGAUCUGUUAUAUGAAAAAAAUAGGGUGCUGUUAAGAAAUAAAGAAGAGCACUCUAUUAAAGAAGUUGAAACGAACCCAUAUUUUGAAACCACCAUUAGAACACAAGACGUUGUAUCAGAGGCUAUAAGAGAGAAUGAGGUUAUAGAAGAGCAAAAUUACACUCAGAGCCAACUUUCUCAAGAACAGAACGCCAGAAUAUCACAAGAUGGAAUUCUGACCAAACACCUUUGCAAACCAAAAGAGAUAGAAAUAACUCAUAAGAAAAUGAAUUAUAAGGUUUCUGAGAGUUCUGACAAAGAAAAAAGUCUAUUGCAUGAAAACCGCAUGUUGUGGGAAGAAAUUGCCAAGCUAAGACUGGAAAUAGACACAUUAAAAAAUCAGACCCAGGAAAUGGGAAAAAAAUAUUUUGAGGACAUUGCAAUUGUCAAAGAAAAGAAUGACUGUCUUGAAAAGACAAUAAGAGAAGCAGUAUUUCAAGACAAUGCGCAGCUUGAAGUUCUGAGAGCUGAACUUAUAAUGCUAAACUCUAAACUGGAGAAUGAGCAACAAAAAAGAGGAAGACUGGAAGUAGAAGUUGAAUCAUACCAGUCCAGACUGGCUGCUGCUGUACAGGAUCAUGAGCAUUGUCAGGCAUCAAAAAGAGACCUACAACUUGCUUUCAAGAGAGCACGAGAUGAAUGGCUUUGUUUAUGGGACAAAAUGAAUUUUGAUAUGUCCAACCUAAAACAAAACAAUGAGAUUCUUUCUCAACGACUUUCUAAAGCAGAAAGUAAAAUCAGUAGCUUAGAAAAUGAGCUUCAUCACACCAGCGAGGCUCUCCAAGAAAGGACAUCGGUUUUAGAAAGAGUCAUCAGUCAAAAACAGUGUCAACAGGAGGAAACUGAACAUGUGUAUCAAGAGGAACAAGGAAAAGUGGAUAAAGACGUUGGAAAGCAGAAAUCCUUACAGGAGAAGCUAUCUCAUCUACAGAGUAUAAAUAAGUUGCUCCGACAGCAACUGGACCAGGCUCACAACAAAGCUGACAGGGAAGGAAAGACAGUAAUUAACAUCCAAGAUCAGAUUCAGGAUAAAAUAAGCAUAUUUAAUGCUGAAAGUGUAAAGCAAAUUACUAUGCUGAAUGACAGAAUUAACAAGUUAAUCAAUGAAUGGCAUCAUUUUAAAGAAAGAAUACAUCGGUAUGAAAAUGAUAAUGUAGAAAGAGAUGCCAUUGUGAGGCAACUUCAAGAAGAACUGGCCGUUGUGAGACAACCUCAACAAAAAAUAUCUAUGAUAGAGGCUUCACUGGAGGUUGAAUCAUGUCAUCCUGUGCAUGUACAAGAUAAGACACAUGACUUCAAGAAGGAACUAGAUCAAAGCAGAAGUCAAAAUGACGAGCUUAUAGAAAAACUGCAACCUGCAUCUUCAAAAUGUAUAGAUCAGGAUGAAGAAAAGACGCCUCAACAGCAGUUAGCAAUGGAAGCACUUCUAAAGGAAUGUGAAGAACUAAAGAAUACAGCAGAGAAAUGGGAACAAGAAACAGUAAACCUCAGAACACAUAUGGAAAUGAAUAUGGUAGAAUCCUGUGAAGCAGAAGAGUAUAAAAAGAAGAUUGAAGAAAGAGCAAGACAGGAUGUAGCAGACAAUUUUAAACAAGUCUAUUCAUUUUUACAGACAAUAAGAGAAUCUCAAGAAAAGUCAGAGCAGAUGAUAAAUAAACAGGCUUCAAUAAGAAGACCUUUGGAACUCAGAAAUAAAGCGCUGGAAUUAGAACUCUCCAGAGUGCAAACUUCUCGAGAUGAUAGCAAACUAGAAUUGGAAAUACAUAAGCAACUCUACCAAGAACAGUUGGAAAGAAGAAAGCGAUUGGAAAACAAAGUAACUGAUUUUCACUGGACUAAGGAGAGGCUAGCUGAGGUCAGCACCGAACUUCUCCAAAAGGAACAGCAGAACAAACUUUUGCUCAACGCUAAGAUGAGGCCAGUUCUGGAAGCACCUCCUGUUGGAAAUCUUAACACUAGUUUUCUGCCCAGGAGAAAUUCUACUAGAAGAGAAAACUUGGACAGUCCUACCUCAAGAUCAUAUACUUUAAAUUACCAAAAGAUGUGGCGGGAAUUUGAAGAAAUUCUAACUAGCGAAGAAAAAGAAGGUGCUGCUAACUUUGAAACUGAAUCCUAUAGAGCUUCUCCUGUGGCAUCAACCUAUCAGUCAAGUUCAACCCAAGAUCUACUUCUGAAAGCACAAAAAGAAUAUAAAGAGAUUUUGCUGAAAAAGUACCUGAUCUAAAACAUAAACAGUAAAAGUUUAUUUACCAGACUGUUUGUAUAACAUUUUGUUUCCAUUUUACACAUGAUGUGUGAGAUCUUUAUUGAAGAAAAAAAUUUUUAUCAUAUGUGUCUGAUGAAAAUUUACAUAGUAUUUUAAACUGUGUUUUUUGGGGGGCACCUAAGUAAGGUUUAAGCAUAUUUUGUACACGAAGUCCAGCACUAUUGAGUUUUACAUACUCAAACUGCCCAAAUACCAGCUGUUCAAACAACACCCAAACAAACAACUUGUCACUCAUACUUUAGUGAUACUGGUUGAUUUUUUUUAUAUAUUCCAAUUUUUUCACAAUAUUUGGUCCUAAAGAUUUUGAUAUCUGCUGCUAUGGCUACUAAAUGGAUGUAUUAAAAUUAUUAUAGUGCCAUUAGACUUAUGUAAUUUUAAAUACUGAUUCCAAAAUCUUUCC